CCAGUCUGAUGACUAAUCGGCUUCAAAACUACUAAUAAUUACUCAUACUGUUUUUUUUGGUCCUGCUGAAUGGCCUGUUAUCUGAGCUCUACAGUGAUAUACUUGACCUUAAUAAAGUCUGAGGAAGUAAAUUGAGGAAACGAAAAUGAGGAAAUUCUUCAAAGAUAUUCUGAGAAUAGUUUUUAAAAUCCCCAUCAAGGAAAACUGAACUGUGACUACAAAUGCACGAAUAUUUAAUAAGUAAUCGCCGAGUCAGUUUUCUGAUUUGUUGUCUGUUGCUCACCAAUUGGUCGAUACAUUUUAGCAACCACGUCGAAUACUGUGUAAGUUACACCUUUAGCAUCUUAAUUCGCGGUUAAAUUAUGACUACAGGUUAAAAGUAGCGGGAACGUAUUGGUGGCCUAAUAGGCCUUUACCCGUGAAUUAAAAUCUUUACCACAGGGUUGUAAGUAUAUGUUACUAUCACAAGCUCUGCUUUAAAUAUUGUAACGCAAGAAUGAAGCGAUACCUGCAUCACCUGAGCGAUGGGUACACCGUGUACGUAAUGGGUGAGGGGCGGGGCUUAUGAGAUCUCCCAAGCAGUACACUCAGGAGCUAGAGCGACGCACGGCAGACAUCCAGCGGGCUAGACCGAGCGAACGAAUAUACUUUUCGUCCUGGUUGCUUUCACUGAGAAUGUCUUUGGGUGACCAGCAGUGGUAUCCCACUAGCGUUCAGGUAACGGUACUCAAAGCGCGAAACCUGCGGAUCAAGGGCAAGAAUGGCACGAACGACGCCUAUGCCAUCAUGCAGGUGGGCAAGGACAAGUUUUCCACCUCGGUAGCGGAGAAAUGCGUCUCGCCCGAAUGGAAGGAGGAGGCGACCUUCGAUCUGCCGCCGAACUAUCAGGGGGACGCGGAGCGGUGCACGCUCUACAUCAUCGCCAUGCACAGAGCCCUGGUGGGGCUGGACAAGUUUUUGGGACAGGCUGUCAUCAACUUAGUGGAUCUCCACGCCAACAGAUCACGCAAAAAAACCGACUGGUACAAGCUUGUGGAUAAGAACGGGAAACAGGAGAAGGACCGAGGGGAAGUUCUUUUGGACAUUCAGUUCAUGCGGAAUAACCUGACAGCCAGCAUGUUUGACCUCUCCAUGGCAGACAAACCUCGCUCUGGCAUUGGCAAACUCAAGGAUAAAAUUCGUGGUAAGAAGAAGGAAGGCCUGUCAGAUUCUGCCUCUGCGAUCGUGCCCUCUUCAGUGGGAAUGGACAGUGAAGAGGAAGGAGAGGGCGGUUCAGACAAUCCUAAGAAGAAAUCAAAAUUCAAAUCCUUGUUUGGCCCAAAGACAAACCUCCACAGGAAUGUGUCCCAGUCGAUGUCAACCCUGGGCACCCUGCCUGAGAAGAACAGUUCACUCAGCAGCAGCAGAUCAUCUGGCCUUAAUGUAGACUCUCCUGAUGUGAAAAAGAAGUUUAAAAUACUGGGACACAAGCGCACCGAGAGCUCAGAUAGCAAAGUGUCUCUUGGCCCGUUUUCUCUUCUGAGCCGCUCUAAGCAAAACAUCCAGGAGCAGAAUAACCUCUGUAUCAACGGCAGCCAUGUUUAUGAAGAGGAGCAAGAACCUAAAGCUAAUUUUGGCUCCACACUCAGUCUGAACAGCUCAGGAAAGGGUUCAGUAGAGGAUGUUCGUAAAUACCACCAACGAAACACAUCCGACAUCUCCAUCGACUCACUGAAAGGCCUGAGUAUCCCCUCAUACAAACCUGAAGUGCAAGACAAAGCUUCUCUUGUCCCACAGCGCCCUCUAGAGGACAGGAGUCAUGUAGAGGUGGAGGAGAAGGGUAAGAAGCACGGAGGAAGAAGCCUGCAAGAGGUGCUGGACCGACAGGAAGAACAAGAGCAGAGGAGGCAACAGGAACAAGAGAGAAAACAAGAGGAAGAGAGGAAAAGCAGGCUUGAAGAGCAGGAGAGGAAGCGCAAGGAAGAGGAAGAGCUGCAGAGGAAGCGGCGCGAGGAGGAGACGCAGCGAGCUGAGGAGCAGCUGCACCAGGAGGAGACCAGAGUGACCGAACGGCUCUCUUCUCUCUUUGGCAUUGGAAAGAAGAAGGAGGAGAAGAGAGAGGAAGCUUUGAAUGAACCCAAACAUCUGGAUGUGCCAGCCUCUACAAAACCAUUCGAAGACAUUCCCCUCACCCCAGAUACUCCGUCUUCUAUCCCAGAAGAGAGGUCCACGGACCCACGGAGGGGUGUCAGGGCCACCCUAACCCCCACGCCACCCGCUAGUGCUUUCCCCAACCGCACCCCAAAAGUGUCCGCGGUCAAGCCAAGGCCUCACCCAGUGAAACCCAUGAGCACCGAGAGCCAGUCUUCCAGUGUUAUCGCUGUGGGGAAAGACCCAAAGACUAUCACCAUCAAGGAAAUGGCUGAGAUGUCAAAGAAUGUAGAUAGCGGCCCGUACACUCAGCUCACACAGGAGGAACUGAUCACACUGGUGGUAAAGCAACAGGCCGAACUCUCCAAAAAAGAUGCCAGGAUCAUGGAGUUAGAGGACUAUAUUGAUAACCUUCUAGUUCGCGUCAUGGAGGAGAAGCCAGCCAUCCUGUUUUCACUUCAAUCCAAGUGUUAGGGUUUAAUCCUAACAUCUGAAUAACUGUGAUCACUAUACUGAGACGCUUCAAUAUUGUAGGACUUGGCCGAUGUAGCCAAAAGGAUUGUAAACGCAAUAUCACAUCUCAUAAUCAGUUGAUUUGCUUGACUAUAUAACGCAUGUAGAGUUGCUGUGCACACAACUGGAUGCUGGGAUAUUGUUUUUUGUUUUGUUGGAUCAUGCUACAAUCUCCCCCUGAGAAGCUUCCCAUCAUAUUUAUUGAUAAUCUCAUCAAUUUUUGUGCAUCUUUCCAUUUAAGAGAAGGCUUUUUAAUGCAUUAUUUAUUGCAGUCUUAAGCUUGUAUUUGAAGAUUUCCCUUCCUCCUAAAGCGAUUUGUGUUUAGAUCCUGACUGCUGCCUUGAGUCUUGAUCAGAACGCUUCAUUAGUGUUAAUGCAGCCUUGUGUCUUUUGCGGCUCAAAUCAAGGGAAUGAUCCUCUUAGUUUUUAGAAAUGACAACAAUAAGCACUUUUUACUUGUACCGGGUGUUUCAUUUAUUAAAGAUAGUGUUUUUAUAUUAAGUAAUUCUCUAAAAUACCCUGUAGAAUUACCUCUAAUGAAGAAAUAUUUGCCUGUUACGCACACUUCUGCGUAUGUAAAGCUCUGCUGGUGUUCCAACACUGGAAUUCUUUGAUAUUUCCCUGGUCAAUAUUGACUACAUGUUUCUUUUUGCCAGCUCUUGAAUCAGGCAAAAUAUUUCAAGCUACAUGUCAAACUGCAUGUUUGUUUUAUAUUGUAGCGGUUUAGACCAAGGAUUAUUAAGCGUUCUUUGAAGCACAAUGUACAUACUGGGACAUUCUGCAGUUCUGUGAUGGACUAGCAAUAACUUUUUUGCAGGAUUUAGUUUCCUGAACGGCAGGUAAUGCAGUACUUUCAUCAAACCGGGAUCUUUUGCAACGUAUCAUGUAGCCUGUUGAGGUCAGUGUUUGUCUGUUGUAAAACCAAAGAUCUGUGAUGUAAACCUGAAGUCUUACCUGACAGUACUCAAAACCUUCUCAUGGUUUUAAUCAGUAAGUAAACCGUUUUGUUUAACCAUUUUAAUGCCUAUGGGGAGAGAAUAAGUCCCUAUGACAAGGAUGGAGGAAUUAACUGUAUGUCUUGUUGAAUCUGUUGUCAGUCUCAGUUUUCUGUGUUGUGGUUACAUAUUCAGUCAUGAGAACCUUCAGAAGAGCUUCGGCUGUGUUCUUUCAAGCGUUGUCAAUCAGUUUGAGUGAGUUUCACUGUCAUUAGGUUCUGCAGACUCUAAACACUCCUUUAUGUCUGGAUUUGAAUGAACAGCCUUAUUAAUUAUUGCUGAUGCUAUGCAUAUAUGCACAAGAUAUAUUUUAUAGACCUGUGCCUUCUCUAUGACAUUAAGACAUGAAUAUAUUGAUUUGUUCCUUUACUUCAAUACUCGCAGAAAUGUAAUUUUGUUUAUGCCUCAAAUCAUUUAAUAAACUUGGCCGAACCCA